UAUUCCUGGCUGCAUCAAGUACCCUCAUCCCCGACCCCAUCAGUGCCACCGACCCGCUCUUCCUUCAACCCCAGUUCCACGCGAAGCUCUGGAGUCAUCGCGCAUACAGACUGGGGUCCCCCACUCCGCCGGGGUCCGGGCCACAGAGCCGGUUCUGCUGCGAGGCCCAGAACGCCCUCGGUUCGCAGAUCACCUCCAGCCCUGAGGCAAAGGGAUGGCGCCGCUGGACACCGAGUCUGGAAUUCCGUUCCAGGCGCGUAUCACCUCCCGGAGGGAGAGGCAGGCACAGUCCAUGGUGUAAGAAAGACCACAGAGCCCCUCUUAGCAACCUGGAGCAAGUUGGACUGAACUGGAAACAUCCACUGACGGAUGAGCUUGGCAGGCAGUGGCUGGAACCCGUCGAUCAGUCUCCGCGGGUUUCUGUUUCCGGCCUCAGCCGUCACUCAGGCGUUAGGGGGCGGGGCAUGAAGGCCCCAUCCAAUCAGGGGUGCUAAAACCGGGCCCGCGAACCGCCCAUGCGACGCACCGCCGGAAGAAGGAGGCGACCUUUAACCUGUCUCCACUCCUGCGUGGGUCGCACCCGCAGGGCUUGGGGUCCGCCUCGGCUGCUCCGAGAGCCCUCAGGUGCCUCCGCCCCAGCUUCUGUCGCGCCGUCGCCGCCCCUGUGGCGUGCACUGGUCGCAAGAGCCGUAGAGGCGACGCUGGGACGCCUGGAGGCCGGGAAAUGGGGAGCGUGCGGGGCCGGGUGCCACAGAUCCACUGAACAAGGAGACAUUAGCGGUGACACAAACAACACAUCUUUCUCCCUGGAUUAACCAACAAGACACAUUUUUGUAUUCUGCUGUUACAUAGCCAAAUAGUUGCAUUUUAGCAUCAGAAUUGCUGUGUGGGAGGAAGUGAGUAUGGAUGGAGAGUCAAGAGUCUCAUGACCAAGUCAUGGAACAAAUGUUUGGAGUCCACAGCAUUAUGUGAACUUCUUAGCAAUAGAGUAUAGGUCCCCAGGGCUGUGGGCCUCACCCAUCCUCCUCUACACAUGUGGGAUGUUUCAGGACUCCGUGACCUUUGAGGAUGUGGCUGUGAACUUCACCCUGGAGGAGUGGGCUUUGCUGGAUCCUUUUCAGAGGAAUCUGUAUAGAGAUGUGAUGCAGGAAACAUUGAGGAACCUGUCCUCUAUAGGAAAAAUGUGGAAAGACCAGAACAUGGAAGAUGAGUGUAAAAAUCCCAGGAUAAAUCUAAGAAGUGUUGUUGGAGAGAGACUCUUUAUAAGGAAAAAAGGUAGUCAGUGUGGAGAAAUGUUGAAUCGGGUUUCAGAUCACAUGCUGAAAAAGAAAACUCCUGGAUUAAAACCAUGUGAAAGCAGUGCAAGCAAAAAAGUCUCCAUUGGACAUUCAACUUUAAAUAAAGCUAUCAGAGCUGACACAGGACACAAACCAUCUGAGUAUGAGGAAUAUAGACAAAGACCAUAUACAUAUAAGCAAUGUGAGAAAGCCUUCAGUUAUUGGGACUCCUUUGGAACGCAUGAAAGGUCUCCUACUGGAAAGAAGUUCUAUGAUUGUGAGGAAUGUGGAAAAACCUUCAAUUCUCCCACACGCUUUCAAAGACAUAUGGUAACGCACAGUGGAGGUGGACCUCAUAAAUGUAUGCUUUGUGGAAAAGCAUUUGCUUAUCUCAGUUUGUAUCGUAAACAUGAAAGAAUUCACACUGGAGAGAAACCAUAUAAAUGUAAAGAAUGUGGUAAAGCUUUUCGUAGGUCUAGUUCUGUUCGAGUACAUGAAAUAACUCACACAGGAGAGAAGCCAUAUGAAUGUAAGGAGUGUGGGAAAGGAUUCAUUUAUUUCAGUUCCUUUCAAGUACAUGAAAGGACGCACACUGGAGAAAAACCUUACGAAUGUGAGCAAUGUGGGAAAACAUUUGCUCAGCGGAAGAGCAUUCGAUGGCACAUGAGAAUGCACACUGGAGACAGACCUCACAAAUGUACGAUAUGUGGGAAAGCCUUUUAUUCUCCUGGUUCACUUCAAAGGCAUGAAAGAAGUCACACUGGAGAGAAACCCCAUGAAUGUAAGCAAUGCGGUAAAACUUUCAGUUCUUCCACUUCUUUGCGAUAUCAUGGAAGGAUUCACACUGGAGAGAAACCCUAUGAAUGUAAGCACUGUGGUAAAGCCUUCAGGUGUAUCAAGACCAUUCGAAUACAUGAAAGGAUUCGCACUGGAGAGAAGCCUUAUGAAUGUACACAGUGUGGGAAGUUAUUCCAUUGUAUCUGUUCCUUUCGUAGACAUGGAAGGAUUCACACUGGAGAGAAACCCUAUGAAUGUAAGCAAUGUGGGAAAGCCUUCAUUCGUUCCAGUACCUGUCGAAAACAUGAAAGAGCUCAUGCUAUUAAUACAUGAGAGAAAUCCUAUUAAUGUAAAGAAUUGGGAAAGCAUUCAGUUGUCCCAGUUUUCUUCAAACAUAGUGCAGAAAGGCCCCAUGAGAUAACUGACUUAUGAGUAGAGAAGAGCGACCUCUGAUACUAUAGUAAAACCUACAAUUGGAGUUGGAUGAUUCCAUGACACAGUCCAUAAAUAGACUUUCUUACAUGAGAUUUCAGAGGCAGACAUGAGGAAGGUAUUAGUUACAUUUUAGAGGCACCAUACAGGGAGAUAGUCAAUUCAUAUGGGCCAUGUGAACACCUCUUACCAGCUCUUUUCCUUGAUUACUUGGCUUGCUUGCUAAUCAAAGGUAUUCUCAAAAUCACUUGCCUUUCAUUUUCUCAGUGGUGUAGGUUUCCAAAGAUGCCCCAUAGGCUGCACAUUUAAGAUCCAUCCACCAUUACAUUUUCCUUAAGGAUGCUCAACUCACCUAGUCUAUAUAUUGUAUUGGCAUAAAGUGUGAUUUCUAUUGCAAGCACUUUUGUUUGUACAGGUAGUGACACUUGCUGAUUCAGCAUGACAGCUAUAGCGCUGCCAUCAAAACCAGCUAAAUGGGAACUUCUCUUCCUCCGCUGCAUUGUGCAGUGACUGCCUUACCCAGAACUUUCCUUCCUCUUAUCUGGAAAUUUCAAGUGUUUCCUUUUACUUUUUUUUUUUUGAGACAGAGUCUCACUUUGUUGCUCAGGCUAGAGUGAGUCCC